UGUGUCCAGAUGUGUGACCGGGGCCAUGUGGCCUCCACCCUCCGCUAUUGUAUGAUGGUCAGCGGCACCAUGGUUCUGGUGGUCGGUACGCUCUGCUUCGCUUGGUGGAGUGAAGGGGACACAGGGGCCCACCCUGGCCAGCUGGCCUCACCCACUGGGCACCCUGCACCUGAGGCCCCCGGCCCCCUGCUCAGGUCGGUCAGCUUCUUCUUCUGCAGCGCAGGUGGGCUGCUGCUGUUCUUUGGCCUGCUGUGGUCCGUCAAGGCCAGCACCCAGGGUCCAACCCAAUGGGACCCAUACCACCUCUCCAGAGACCUGCACUACCUCACUGUGGAGACCUUGGAGAAGGAGAGCUGCAGGACACCAAAGGUGGUUGCCAUUCCCACUUACGAGGAGGCUGUGUGCUGCUCACUGACCGCGGCCGAGGUGCCCCCAGCACCACCUGCAUACUCCACAGAGGAAGACCUGAAGUGCAGUACCUCAGGGGAUGCCCCGCUUGGUACCCAGCCCCCCUGGCCUCCACCCAGCUACGAGAGCAUUGUCCUUGCCCUUGAUGCCGUCUCUGAAGAGACAACCCCUGGGGCUGCAUCCUCUCGCCCAGGCCUGUUGGUUCAGACUGCAGGGGGAGGAAGUUAA